GCAGACUGUCGCGACCGAUUGCGAGGAGGUGACGACGGCAGAGCAGCUUAUCGAUUGUCUGGAAGAAAGGCCGUGCACUGUCGGAGGCAGCAUCUCGACCAAAGCGAAUUCUCAAGACCCGGAUGACGUGGCAUUGCUCGCAGCAGCCUUAAAAUCUAUGGAACUCCGAGACGUCCACAAAGACGAGCGACGACGGGGAGCAUCCCGGUAUUCAUGGAUGGGUCGGACACCGAAUUUCUAGUUUGUUUGACUUUUUUAUAACAUAUGUCGCACUAAUAUCUAAAGAUUCAGAAAAGUCAAUCCCUGAGACUUCAUUCUCUUCCCUCUAGCCGACGUCCCUUUGACUCGCAGACAAAGUUUAAAAAGUGUACCGACUAACAGGAAAUAAAUUGUUCUUCUGCAUUCUUAGAUCCUUACCUUUGACAUUAGGCGCCGUGGCAAAAUUGCCAUGAAGGACGAGCAGAGAAAGAAGAGGGAAAAGAGGAAGGCGACGAAGGCUUCCGCUCAUCCGUCUAGUGGAGUGGCAAGUUCCGG